CAUCAAAGAAGCGGACUUGAUGCCGACAGGAUAUGUGCCCCGUGUCGUGGAGGAGUUUCUCGCGUCUGGGUCAGACAUGAAUGUACAACUUGUCGACGUGGAUGGCCUUAUUUCUCUUUUCGAUGCUUGGAUACAACUCGUAUCAUACGAGAGGCGAGAACUAUACUGUUUUCAGUUACGCUUCCUGUGCAUUUUGUCUAACUGAAAUCACAGUCGACUGUCCAGAGUACGCGUAAUGCGCGUUUUACUCAAACGUGUUUCCAUAGUGCUGCAACACUACGAUUAAGGCCAGCAGCAAUCGGUUUUCACCCAGUUCGCCCAGUCCACCUUGCCGGGGUCCCUCGUUUCCGAGUGGAGUGCCAACCGCAUUUCCAAACGAACACCCAAGCGCCGAAGAUGAACGUGACUCUAAUGCUGACUGUGCUGAGCUGCAUGGUGCUUGCUGUUGCCAACGCUGAUGACUCUGGGCGCCAGCUACGUCCUAAAGAUUCUCCGGGUUCGACACCCUCAAAGCCUUUUCGUCCGCGCAAUGACGAUCGCCAGCUACGUCAACAAGAUCUCAUCGGCGGCGUUAUCAAAACAGUUGAUUUGGUGCUGAACACCCUAACUCUGACGCCCGCACCGACACCCGCACCAACGUUGGCUCCGACGUCGGCGCCGUCCCCCGCGUCGACGGAGCAGCCUGACGAAGCGGAGCUUUUGCGCCGUCGUCGGACAGGGUAGCGAGAAGAUUGCGAAACAAAGCAGCGUUGUUUGCCUUUUACAUUGUAAUUCUGUCAAUGAAGAACUCGCUACAUGUACAGACGACCUUUAUCCAUUCUGAGAACGUGUUUUCACUCACUUAACGGUUAAAACUGAAAAUGUACCUAACCGAAUAGCUUCCGG